UGGGUUUGUUCAAACUCGGAUUUGAAAAUGGGAAACGGCGCCAAGGCAGCUCAGAAACGGGAGAGAAAUGCGGACAAAAACGCUGCGAAGGGAUCCAAGUCGCAGUCAAAGUCCAACGCAGCAGCUACGAACAUCCUCUGUGCGACAUGUCGACAGGCAUUCUUUGUCACUACUCGGGCACCCGCGCUAGAGGAGCAUGCACAGAACAAGCACAGCAAGACCCUUGCUGAAUGCUUCCCAACUUUUGGGAAAUGACCUGUUGUUUUUACUUUUUCGCACUACAAUUGCUUUGGUGUAGACUUGACACGGAAUUACUUUCGAUCUUAGAUUUCAGAGUGUGGGGGCCGAGGAAUAAAUAUGGUGCGAUGGAAGAUGAUUACAGUGGACCGAAGCCUGAGCUACCUGCGUUCGCUGCACUUCUACUUUGUAUCUUCUCGCCGACUUUCUUCUGCACGUCGUUGUAUUUUGCGACGCAGCGGUCUAUGCAGACCUGCUCGCCUUUGUUCAGCUCGCCGUCUGCGUAUCUGGCGGGAAUGCAUUUAUUAUGGC